UUGGAUUGCAGGGGGAGGGAAAUCGAGUCGGGACUGCAGAGACGCACUGUGCCAGAGCCAGGAUCACUACAGAUUUCAAUCUGUGCGGAACAACCAGCCGCUGCAGCCCGACAAGUGCCGCUCAGCAAAUACGUCUGGUACCGAGGGCAAGGGUGCAGGAGCUGGCAAACAGAGACAUGACAAGCAAAUAAACAGACGAGCGUGUGAGUGGCAACACAGGUGGAUCCCUGCGUUGUUUUUUCCCCCCCGCCGAAGAUGAAUAGAGACUUGAGGCGCCUGCAGCUCCACUCGGCUGUGAUUUUGCUCGUACUGUGCGCCGCUCUGCAACUCUCCGACUCUGCGGCUUGCCAUGGGUGUGGGGGUUCCAAAUGUGAUUGCAGCGGAGUAAAAGGGGACAAGGGGGAGAGGGGUUUCCCAGGUCUAACCGGACAGCCAGGAGUCCCAGGGUUUCCCGGACCGGAGGGACCAAUCGGAGCGAGAGGAGAGAAGGGAAGUGAUGGACCUCAAGGCCCUACUGGUCCAAAAGGAAUAAGGGGGCCACCUGGAUUGCCUGGAUUUCCAGGAACGCCAGGACUUCCAGGUCUGCCAGGUCAGGAGGGUGCCCCUGGCCCAAGAGGCGUGCCGGGUUGUAAUGGGACAAAGGGUGAACCUGGUUUUCCAGGAUCUUCAGGAAUACCUGGACGUCAGGGACUUCCGGGUCCACCCGGUCUCCCAGGACCAAAGGGAGACCCUGGUGAUGUGACGUCCACUAACUUUUUUGGGGACAAAGGAGCAAUCGGAUUACCCGGCUUACCGGGAGCUCCGGGCUUUACUGGACCUCCGGGUUUUCAAGGCCCAAGUGGCCCUCCAGGACCCAGAGGAUUCCCGGGUAAUCCAGGACCUCCAGGUCCUCCUGGACCUAAGGGAAACAUGGGUUUGAACUUUGAAGGACCUAAAGGAGAAAAGGGUGAUCCGGGCUUGCCAGGACCUCCCGGUCCUCCAGGAUCAGGACAGGGGGAACAGAGCAGACCACCACCAACGGAGAUUCAGAGAGGCGACAAGGGUGACCCCGGCCCUCCAGGCCCACCAGGAGACCCUGGCAAUCCGGGUCCUCCCGGUCCCUCUGGUGGACCGAAGGGAGAGAAAGGAGAACCAGGAGAAGCAGGCAAACGGGGCAAACCUGGCAAAGACGGAGACCCGGGUAGUCCGGGAUUCCCUGGAGGAAAAGGAGAGCCUGGCUUUCCCGGUGUUCCAGGCAGGGAUGGCGAGAGGGGGCUAAAAGGUGACCGAGGAUUUCCAGGACCUCCAGGGGAGGUUUUUGGGAACGGAGGUGGUGUUGGUCCGAAAGGUGAACCUGGGUUUCCUGGAAAUCCUGGACCUAAAGGAGACAGAGGACCCCAAGGUUUAACGGGGCCUCCAGGAGGACCAGGAAUUCCAGGCAUAGGCGGCAGCGGUCCUCCAGGGCCUCCGGGUUUCCAAGGAGCCAAAGGCCAGAAGGGAGACCCCGGCACUCCUUCGAUUUCUUUGCCGGGUCCCCCAGGACGUCCAGGAGCCCCCGGGGGUCCUGGUCCACAAGGGCCACCUGGACCCCCCGGAUAUACCAGUCCAAACCAAAUCUGCCUUCCUGGGGAGCCCGGGCUUCCUGGGGUCCAGGGUGAAAGAGGGUUCCCUGGAGAACAGGGCCGGAAAGGUGAGAAGGGAGAGACGUGCGUGAACUGUUUUGGAGGAGGCAUCUCUGUUCCUGGUCCCCAAGGGCCUCCAGGUCCACCAGGAUUUCAAGGCCCUACUGGCCCACCAGGUAGCAAGGGAGCCAAAGGUUUUCCAGGACCACAAGGCCUUGUUGGACCCCCUGGUAACCCUGGUCCUCAAGGUGCUCCAGGCUUCCCUGGACAGAAGGGAGACCCAGGAGAAGCCGUCGCAGUCAGUGGUGUAAGAGGAGAGAAGGGUGACACUGGUUUCCCUGGACCACCCGGUCUGCCUGGUCUGGAUGGUCGACCCGGUCGUGACGGACAGCCUGGACCUCCUGGUCCCAAAGGAGCUCCGGGCUCUCUACUCGUCAAAGGAGAACGAGGUCCCCCUGGUGAGACAGGUUCGCCUGGCAUACCAGGAGACAGAGGUCCCCCAGGUCCGCCUGGAUUUGGAGCUCCUGGUCCACCAGGAGAGAAAGGUGUUCCGGGCACCUCAGGAAGACAGGGCAUUCCCGGAGUAAAAGGUCUUAAGGGCGAACCAGGUCCGACGGUGACAGAGAAAGGCCAGCAGGGACCCAGAGGACAGGAUGGCGAUCCAGGACAACCCGGGCAACCAGGCUCUCCGGGCCAGCCUGGACAGCCCGGUUUCCCAGGUUUGGCUGGACCGAAGGGUGAUCCCGGUCUACCAGGCAUUGGUCUCCCAGGUCCUCCAGGAACUAAAGGAUUCCCAGGUGUUCCGGGUGAGCCAGGACAACCUGGAGCAGGGAGACCGGGAUUAGAUGGACUUCCCGGGCAGCCAGGGUCUCCUGGGCAGAAGGGUGAGCCGGGCUUUGGUCUUCCCGGUCCUCCAGGUUCACCUGGACUACCAGGAACCAAAGGUUUCCCUGGACCAAAGGGAGAUUCUGGUUUCCCCGGCAACCCGGGUGGACCAGGACGACCUGGAUUUGAUGGAGCACCAGGACUUAAAGGGGAGCCCGGCACACCUGGUAUACCCGGAGCUCGUGGGCCUCCAGGAGGAUCCACAGGGGGUGUACCAGGUCCUGUAGGCCCUCCCGGACCUCCAGGACCAAUUGGACCACCAGGCGAGAAAGGAUACCCAGGAUCGAAUGGGGAAAAAGGAGACCCAGGUCCUCCAGGUUUAGACAUCCCAGGUCUACCAGGUGACAGGGGAAAUCCUGGUUUUCCAGGCCCACCUGGACCGAUAGGAUUCCCAGGACCCCCUGGAGGAGGUGGGGUGGAAGGCCAACCUGGAUUACCAGGUGCGAAAGGCGACAUGGGUCCAAUGGGACCUCCAGGACCAUCUGGGGGACCUGGUAUUCCAGGAGGGCCUGGGGCACCAGGUUUAAAAGGUGAACCAGGAUUUCCGGGCGCUAAUGGUCGGCCAGGUGAUCCAGGUACUAAAGGAGAUAAGGGAGACAUAGGUUUCCCAGGACCCCCAGGAAUCAUCAGACCAAAUGAUAUUGUCGCAGCCAAAGGAGAUCCUGGACAACAAGGUUUACCAGGCCCUCCAGGACCCAAAGGCAUUGCAGGUCUCCCUGGUGAAAGCGGACAGCCCGGAAGAGAUGGAAACCCUGGAAUCCCUGGACCGCAAGGGGUUAAAGGAGAACCAGGUAUCCCUGGGGGUCCUGGUGGUCCUGGAGCUCCGGGUCUGAAAGGCACAAUGGGAGAUAUGGGGAUUCCAGGACCUCCAGGGCAAAAAGGUGUACCAGGUUUUCCGGGUAGGCCGGGAUCCUCAGGUCAGCCAGGAAUACCUGGACCCCAGGGACAAAAGGGUGAACCAGGUUCUGGUGGUUCUGGACCACCAGGACUACCAGGACCAAAGGGGGAUGCAGGUCCGCCAGGAUUCCCAGGAGGUCCCGGAUCUAAAGGAGGUCCAGGAGCACCUGGUCUUCCUGGAUUACCAGGCUUACCCGGGGCAAAAGGAGAUAUAGGUCUUGCUGGAUUCCAAGGUUCCCCUGGUAUCCCUGGUCCAAAGGGUCUUGAUGGUGCACCAGGUGCCCCAGGUCUCCCAGGAGGUCCGGGUAGACCAGGGGACUCUGGUCGACCAGGACCACCUGGACCGGUCGGGGAGAAGGGUCAGCCGGGAAGAGAUGGGAUCCCAGGUCCAGCCGGAGCCAAAGGAGACCCAGGAAUUCCUGGCUUUGGCGUUCCUGGUCCUGCUGGGAUUCCAGGGUUGCCAGGGGAAAAGGGAGACCCAGGCCCUCCUGGUCCAUCUGGCAGCCCAGGUUUUCCCGGCCCUAAAGGGGAUAUCGGCUUUCCAGGUUCUAUAGGACCUCCGGGUAUCGGCGGCCCUCCAGGACCUCCAGGACAAUCAUAUCAGGGCUCUAAAGGGGUUCAAGGACCCCCUGGACCACCCGGAAGAGCAGGCCCCUCAGGUCCUCCAGGUCAACCAGGGCCAGCGGGUCCCCGUGGGCUCCCAGGAAGUGGCGGCGGUAAGGGUGACAAGGGUAAUCCCGGAAACCCCGGUCAGCCGGGCCUUCCUGGUCAGAAAGGAGAUCUUGGUUUUCCAGGAUCGCCGGGCCCCGCUGGCAGUCCUGGUGCCCCUGGCAUGAAGGGAGACAUAGGAUUUCCAGGUGUUCCUGGCUUCCCAGGAACAAAGGGAGAGUCAGGACUGCCUGGUCCAAGCGGCCUGCCUGGAGAUCCUGGUGCAGAUGGAGCUCCUGGCCUUCCUGGAGAUCCUGCUUCGAGUGCGCCCAUAUAUGUGAAAGGAGAGAGAGGACCUCCUGGUCCCCGGGGAAGCCAGGGUCCUCAAGGGUCACCUGGUCCUUCUGGACCCCCUGGAUCCUCAGGUCCACCAGGUAAUCCUGGAGAUCCUGGUACGCCUGGUCCUCCAGGAUUCAACGGCCAACCUGGCAGGAAAGGAGACACUGGACCCGCAGGACAGCCUGGUCAAAAGGGCAGCCGCGGCCCACCAGGCUCAGACGGUCCGCAGGGUCCGCCAGGCAGUCCAGGAUCAGGAUCGGCGGCCCAUGGCUUCCUUAUUACCCGACACAGCCAGACUGAACUAGUGCCAAACUGUCCUUCUGGGACGAACCUCAUCUACGACGGCUACUCUCUGCUAUACGUGCAGGGCAACGAGAGGGCCCACGGGCAGGACCUUGGCACAGCCGGCAGCUGCCUGCGCAGAUUCAGCCCCAUGCCCUUCAUGUUCUGCAACAUCAACAACGUCUGCAACUUUGCCGCCCGUAACGACUACUCCUACUGGCUGUCGACGCCGGAGCAAAUGCCCAUGUCCAUGGAGGCCGUGUCUGGAGAGAGCAUCAAGCCUUACAUCAGCAGGUGUUCUGUGUGCGAAGCUCCAGCCAUGGUGAUUGCAGUCCACAGCCAAACCAUCCGGGUUCCAUCUUGCCCUGCAAACUGGGCUCUCCUGUGGAUUGGAUACUCCUUCAUGAUGCACACUAGUGCAGGCGCCGAGGGCUCCGGUCAGGCCCUGGCCUCCCCCGGCUCCUGCCUGGAGGACUUUCGCAGCACUCCCUUCAUAGAGUGCCACGGCAGAGGCUCGUGUAACUACUUCAGCAACUCCUACAGCUUCUGGCUGGCUACUGUAGAGGAGCUUGACAUGUUCAGGAAGCCCCAGUCAGAGACUUUAAAGGCGGGUAACCUGCAUACGCGCGUCAGCCGCUGUGUGGUGUGCAUGAAGAGGACGUAAUGUCACGUGGCCGCGAGCAGAGCCACCGCUGCCUGGCGGGGACGCCCCGUCCACAACAAGACACAUCUGGACGGACGGGAGGGGGAUUCCAGUCAACUGCUGACGUGGCGACGAGGUGGAAUAAUGGUGCAUUGACUUCCGAGAAAGAAAUAAAAAAAAAUAAAAAAACUGAAAAAAAAAAUCUAAAAUUGAAACAAUGGUGCUACUGUGCGACACAGCUUAGAAGAGUUAAAAACUGAUAUUAAUAUUCUUACAUUUAGUCUUUGUUUUUCUUAAGAAGUACCUCAAAUUUGAAAGCAGACAAAAUAUCCGCUCGAUGGUGCCAUGAUGGAUGUGUGACAACAAAAGUGCAUUUUUUUCCCCAGUCUUUUUCCCUAUUUAAGGACUACUUUUUUUUCUUUUCUCUAAAAAAAAUUCACUAUUGACAUGUUGGUGCAACAAAACUACAUCUAUUUCUUUCUACUCCUUUUUUUUCCUUUUUUCCUUUUUUGGCCUUACUGAUGAGGAGCACUUGGUCUCCAACGGUUACCAAAAUCAGCACUUUGACUUUGGAACAUCCAGGAUGAGAGAUGCACUGACGAGCUUUUCCUUCACUGAGACCGACGGUCUUUUUCUCUGAAAAACAAAACAAUACAAAAAAAAGCAAAGCAAGCUUCUUUUCUGUCUGUUUGUCGUCAUUCUGUCCUUCUACAUCCCCCAUUUCAUGGAACUAACCCUGCUGCAUCCCGCCUGCUAACCAUCCACCUCCACCUUCUUGCUCUUCCUUUUUAUUUUUGUAAGUAAUAAAAUGUGUAUAUUGUGUAAAACACCUUUGGUUUUGUUUAUUAGCAUAGUAGGUCUAUAGCUGUACCAGCUAUUUGUUGUGACUGUUUUCCUGGUUGUUUUUUAGCUCGCACACUCACAAAGGCACACACAUAUUUACUUUUAUUGCUCACUCAGAUAUUGUACAAAGUAAGGCUUUUAUGAAUGGAACAGUAUUUUAUAUAUAAUAAAUUUAUAUUUGAAAGAAAAAAAAACAGAACUUGCAAAUAUCCGAGUUUUUUCGGCCGCGGGGAAAUUUUGAACCUCGGAUCGGCCAAAAAGAACGUCACUUAAGAGACGGCCAUUUCCUUACAAAACGUACCCGUUUCUCAGAAUAUCACCAAUCACUCUUAUCGUUUGAUUUUUAAUUUGCAAAUGAAUAAAUGCUGGUUCAGUUUAAUUGUGUUUUCAGGUGCUGUAAUGUUACAAAUUGUGCAGAAAAGCAUUACAAUAAAACGGCGACUAGCAGGUUGACUAGACAGUGCUACGUGUUCUCUAACAUUUCCAGGUGCUGGGCCUAUCUGUGAAAAGAGCGGCAGAGAUUUGGGUUCAACCAAAAUGCUUCAAGCGACUUAAUGCUGGCUUGAAUCUAAACCUUGAAACGCAGGUUUAAGUGUCUGUACAUUUCAAUGCGCCUCCCCAUAACAGGUGGAAACACUACUGAUGUGAUGUAACUCGGCAAAAAGCUGUUUGAGGCGGGGGAGGGGGAGAACUAUUUUUCCUGUGAUUUCAUUGUUGUUUUUUGUUUUCAUAACUGCUUUUAUGAAUUCUAACUUUGUCAACCUCGGGUUCAAUUAAAAAUGUGCAUUUGUUUUGUUUUUAUUUUUUAUUUUUUUUCUCCUGUUUUGUUAUGUUACUCAGAAGUUGUUAUAAACUUUAAAAACUGAAAUAAAUAUGAUGUCUAAAGUC